CACCGGAGCUACAGCGGCCAACAUGAAGUUCAAUCCGUUUGUGACCUCUGACCGGAGCAAGAACCGUAAGAGGCAUUUCAACGCACCUUCCCACAUUCGCAGGAAGAUUACGUCUUCCCGUCUUCCCAAAGAGCUGGGACAGAAGUACAACGUUCGAUCCACGGGCAUCUGGAAGGACGAUGAAGUACACGUUGUGCGAGGACACUACAGAGGUCAGCAAAUUGGCAAAGUGGUCCAGGUUUACAGGAAGAAAUACGUCAUCUACACCGAACGAGUACAGCGAGAGAAGGCCAAUGGCACAACUGGCCACGUGGGCAUCCACCCCAGCAAGGUGGUUAUCACUACACCAAAACUGGACAAAGGCCGCAAAAAGAUCCUUGAACGCAAAGCCAAAUCUCGCCAAGUACUCGCCAAUCGAGAAGGUGUGGGAAUAAAGUAA